AAGUGAAAGCUAAGCUUGUCUGAAAGUGUAGCCGAAGCCCUGGCUGGCAUCCGCCUAAAAUGGGGUGAUCGCGCGCGGUGGUAUCGUAUUGCGCGUAUAAAAAGCAUUGGAGCACCCCGCCGCCGGUCAGAACGGCUUCUAACGAAGGCUCCAGGGCAACGUUCUCGUGUCUCGACUAGCCCAAAAGUCUCGUUAGCCCUCCGAAAAUGCCGAAGCCAGUAGUCCAAGAGGGCGAGGACCCCGAUCCGACUCCGUACCUGUUCGUGUCUCUGGAACAGAAGCGUAUCGACCAGAGCAAGCCCUACGAUGGCAAGAAGGCAUGCUGGGUGCCUGACGAAAAGGAGGGUUUCCUCCAGGGCGAGAUCAAGGCCACCAAGGGUGAGCUGGUGACCGUCAGCCUGCCUGGUGGCGAGACCAAAGACUUCAAGAAAGAUCUUGUUGCUCAAGUCAACCCACCUAAGUACGAGAAAUGCGAGGACAUGUCUAACUUGACAUACCUCAACGACGCUUCUGUUUUGUAUAACUUGAAGCAGAGAUAUUACCAUAAACUUAUUUACACGUACUCGGGUCUCUUCUGUGUGGCUAUCAACCCCUACAAGAGGUUCCCCGUGUACACCACACGAUGCGCCAAGCUCUACCGUGGCAAGCGUCGUUCGGAGGUGCCCCCUCACAUCUUCGCCAUUUCCGACGGUGCCUACGUCAACAUGUUGACCAACCACGAGAAUCAAUCUAUGUUGAUUACCGGUGAGUCUGGUGCCGGAAAGACUGAGAACACGAAGAAGGUAAUUGCGUACUUCGCCACCGUCGGUGCCUCCCAAAAGAAGGACCCGUCCCAGGAGAAGAAGGGCUCCCUUGAAGACCAGGUCGUACAGACUAACCCUGUACUUGAAGCCUUCGGUAACGCCAAGACCGUCCGUAACGACAACUCGUCUCGUUUCGGUAAAUUCAUCCGUAUCCACUUCGGUCCCUCCGGUAAACUGGCUGGUGCUGAUAUCGAGACCUAUCUGCUCGAGAAGGCCCGUGUCAUCUCCCAACAGGCUCUUGAGCGUUCUUACCACAUCUUCUACCAGAUGAUGUCUGGCUCCGUACCUGGACUUAAGGCUCUGUGUUUACUAUCCAACGACGUCAAUGACUACAACAUCGUGUCGCAAGGCAAGACUAGUAUUCCUGGCGUUGAUGACGGCGAGGAAAUGAGACUUACCGAUCAAGCCAUGGACGUCCUGGGCUUCACCCAGGAAGAGAAGGACAACGUAUACAAGAUCACCGCCGCUGUCAUGCACAUGGGUCGCAUGCAGUUCAAGCAGAGAGGUCGCGAGGAACAGGCUGAGGCCGACGGCACUGAGGAUGGUGACAAGGUUGCCAAGCUCCUCGGUGUUGAGAUGCAGGACCUCUACAAGAACUUGUUGAAGCCCCGCAUCAAGGUCGGAAACGAGUUCGUCACCCAGGGUCGUAACAAGGACCAGGUCACCAACUCCGUCGGUGCUCUCUGCAAGGGCAUGUUCGAUCGUCUCUUCAAGUGGCUCGUGAAGAAGUGUAACGAGACCCUAGACACCAAGCAGAAGAGGCAGCACUUCAUCGGUGUACUGGAUAUCGCCGGUUUCGAGAUCUUCGACUUCAACGGUUUUGAACAACUCUGCAUUAACUUCACCAACGAGAAACUUCAGCAGUUCUUUAACCAUCACAUGUUCGUUCUGGAGCAAGAAGAGUACCAGCGCGAAGGCAUCGAAUGGACAUUCAUUGACUUUGGCAUGGAUCUGCAAAAUUGCAUUGACCUUAUUGAAAAGCCCAUGGGUAUCCUCUCCAUCCUUGAGGAAGAGUCUAUGUUCCCCAAAGCCACCGACCAGACCUUCGUUGAGAAGUUGAACAACAACCACUUGGGCAAGUCUGCUCCUUACCUGAAGCCGAAGCCCCCCAAGCCCGGUUGCCAGGCCGCUCACUUCGCCAUUGGUCACUACGCCGGUAACGUCGGCUACAACAUCACUGGAUGGCUUGAGAAGAACAAGGACCCCCUCAACGACACUGUCGUUGACCAGUUCAAGAAGGGUCAGAACAAACUGUUGGUUGAGAUCUUUGCUGACCAUCCUGGUCAGUCUGGUGAUGCCGGUGGCGGUGGUGGCAAGGGCGCUGGUGGCAAACGCGCUAAGGGUUCUGCCUUCCAGACCGUAUCAUCACUCUACAGGGAACAACUUAACAACCUGAUGACCACCCUGAGGUCUACCCAGCCUCACUUCGUACGUUGUAUCAUCCCCAACGAGUUGAAGCAGCCUGGUCUCAUCGACUCUCACCUUGUGAUGCACCAGCUGACCUGUAACGGUGUGCUUGAAGGCAUCCGUAUUUGCCGUAAAGGUUUCCCCAACAGGAUGGUCUACCCCGACUUCAAGCUCCGCUACAAGAUCCUGGCCCCUCAAGCUGUGGAAAAGGAAUCCGAUCCUAAGAAAAUCGCUCAAGUCAUCCUGGAGGCUACCGGUUUAGACGUCGAGUCCUACCGUCUGGGUCACACCAAGGUAUUCUUCCGCGCUGGUGUCCUGGGUCAGAUGGAAGAGUUGCGUGACGACAGGCUGUCCAAGAUCGUCUCGUGGCUCCAGGCCUACAUCCGUGGUUACCUGUCCCGUAAGGAGUACAAGAAGCUGCAGGAACAGAGGUUGGCUCUCCAAGUUGUCCAGCGCAACUUGCGCAAGUACCUGCAACUCCGCACCUGGCCCUGGUGGAAGUUGUGGCAGAAGGUCAAGCCCCUCCUCAACGUCACCCGCGUCGAGGAUGAGCUCGCGAAACUUGAGGAGAAGGCCCAGAAGGCCCAGGAGGCUUUCGAGAAGGAAGAGAAGCUCCGCAAGGAGCUCGAGGGUCUCAACGCCAAGCUCCUCGAGGAGAAGACCGCUCUGCUUGCCUCCAUCGAGGGCAAGGAGGGCUCCCUCUCCGAGGUGCAGGAGCGCGCUGCCAAGCUCAACGCGCAGAAGGCCGACCUCGAGCUCCAGCUCAGGGACACCCAGGACCGCCUUACCCAGGAAGAGGAUGCCCGCAACCAGCUCUUCCAGGCUAAGAAGAAGUUGGAACAGGAAGUCGCCGGCCUCAAGAAGGAUGUCGAAGACUUGGAACUGUCCGUCCAGAAGUCCGAGCAGGACAAGGCCACCAAGGACCACCAGAUCCGCAACUUGAACGACGAGAUCGCCCACCAGGACGAGCUCAUCAACAAGUUGAACAAGGAGAAGAAGCUCCAGGGAGAGUCCAACCAGAAGACCUCCGAGGAGCUCCAGGCCGCCGAGGACAAGGUCAACCACCUCAACAAGGUCAAGCAGAAGCUCGAGCAGACCCUCGACGAGCUCGAGGACUCUCUGGAGCGCGAGAAGAAGCUGCGCGCCGACGUCGAGAAGCAGAGGAGGAAGGUGGAGGGCGACCUCAAGCUCACGCAGGAGGCCGUCGCCGACCUCGAGCGCAACAAGAAGGAGCUCGAGCAGACCAUCCAGCGCAAGGACAAGGAGAUCUCGUCCCUCACUGCCAAGCUGGAGGACGAGCAGUCGCUUGUCAGCAAGCUCCAGAAACAGAUCAAGGAACUGCAAGGCCGCAUCGAAGAGCUCGAGGAGGAGGUCGAAUCCGAACGCCAGGCUCGCGCUAAGGCCGAGAAGCAGCGUGCCGACCUCGCCCGCGAGCUCGAGGAGCUGGGUGAGCGCCUUGAGGAAGCCGGUGGCGCCACCUCCGCUCAGAUUGAGCUGAACAAGAAGCGCGAGGCUGAGCUCAGCAAGCUGCGCCGCGACCUCGAGGAGGCCAACAUCCAGCACGAGUCUACCCUCGCCAACCUCCGCAAGAAGCACAACGAUGCCGUCUCGGAGAUGGGCGAGCAGCUCGACCAGCUCAACAAGCUCAAGGCCAAGGCUGAGAAAGAGCGCUCUCAGUACUUUAGCGAAGUCAAUGACCUUCGUGCCGGACUCGACCAUGUGUCCAACGAAAAGGCUGCCCAGGAGAAGAUCGUCAAGCAGCUGCAGCACCAGCUCAACGAGGUGCAGAGCAAGGCUGACGAAGCCAACCGCACCCUCAACGACCUGGAUGCCGCCAAGAAGAAGCUGUCCAUCGAGAACUCCGACCUUCUCCGUCAACUGGAGGAGGCCGAGUCCCAGGUGUCUCAGCUCUCCAAGAUCAAGGUGUCCCUCACCACUCAGCUCGAGGACACCAAGAGGCUCGCCGACGAGGAGGCCAGGGAACGCGCCACCCUUCUUGGCAAGUUCCGCAACCUCGAGCACGACCUGGACAACAUCCGCGAACAGGUCGAGGAGGAGGCCGAAGGCAAGGCUGAUCUUCAACGCCAGCUUUCCAAGGCCAACGCCGAGGCUCAGCUCUGGCGCUCCAAGUACGAGUCCGAGGGCGUCGCCCGCUCCGAGGAACUCGAGGAGGCCAAGCGCAAGCUCCAGGCCCGCCUCGCCGAAGCCGAGGAGACCAUUGAGUCCCUCAACCAGAAGGUUGUCGCUCUCGAGAAGACCAAGCAGCGCCUCGCCACCGAGGUCGAGGACCUGCAGCUCGAGGUCGACCGUGCCACCGCCAUCGCCAACGCUGCCGAGAAGAAGCAGAAGGCCUUCGACAAGAUCAUCGGAGAAUGGAAGCUCAAGGUUGACGACCUUGCCGCUGAGCUCGACGCCAGCCAGAAGGAGUGCCGCAACUACUCCACUGAGCUGUUCCGUCUCAAGGGUGCUUACGAGGAAGGCCAGGAACAGCUUGAGGCUGUCCGCCGUGAGAACAAGAACCUCGCCGAUGAAGUCAAGGACCUCCUUGACCAGAUCGGUGAAGGUGGCCGCAACAUCCACGAGAUCGAGAAGGCCAGGAAGCGCCUUGAGGCCGAGAAGGACGAGCUCCAGGCCGCCCUUGAGGAGGCUGAGGCCGCCCUCGAACAGGAGGAGAACAAGGUCCUCCGCGCUCAGCUUGAGCUGUCCCAGGUCAGGCAGGAGAUCGACAGGCGCAUCCAAGAGAAGGAGGAGGAGUUCGAGAACACACGCAAGAACCACCAGCGCGCCCUCGACUCCAUGCAGGCUUCCCUCGAAGCCGAGGCUAAGGGCAAGGCUGAGGCCCUGCGCAUGAAGAAGAAGCUUGAGGCUGACAUCAACGAGCUUGAGAUCGCUCUUGACCACGCCAACAAGGCUAACGCUGAGGCCCAGAAGAACAUCAAGCGCUACCAGGCCCAGAUCAAGGACCUCCAGACCGCCCUGGAAGAGGAACAGCGCGCCCGCGACGAUGCCCGCGAACAGCUCGGCAUCUCAGAGCGCCGCGCCAACGCCCUCCAGAACGAGCUCGAGGAGUCGCGCACCCUCCUGGAACAGGCCGACCGCGCCCGCCGCCAGGCCGAACAGGAACUCGGCGACGCUCACGAACAGCUCAACGAGCUGUCCGCCCAGAGCGCCUCCCUGUCCGCUGCCAAGAGGAAACUCGAGUCCGAGCUGCAGACCCUGCACUCCGACCUCGACGAGCUCCUCAACGAGGCUAAGAACUCCGAGGAGAAGGCCAAGAAGGCCAUGGUUGACGCCGCCCGUCUCGCCGACGAGCUGCGCGCCGAACAAGACCACGCCCAGACCCAGGAGAAACUCCGCAAGGCCCUUGAACAACAGAUCAAGGAACUGCAAGUCAGGCUGGAUGAGGCUGAAGCCAACGCCCUUAAGGGAGGCAAGAAGGCCAUCCAGAAACUGGAACAGAGGGUCAGGGAGCUCGAGAACGAGCUUGACGGUGAACAGAGGAGACACGCCGACGCCCAGAAGAACCUCCGCAAGUCCGAGAGGCGCAUCAAGGAGCUCACCUUCCAGGCUGAGGAGGACCGCAAGAACCACGAGCGCAUGCAGGACCUGGUCGACAAACUGCAACAGAAGAUCAAGACCUACAAGAGGCAGAUCGAGGAAGCCGAAGAAAUCGCCGCCCUCAACUUGGCUAAGUUCCGCAAGGCACAGCAGGAGUUGGAGGAGGCCGAGGAAAGGGCAGACCUUGCCGAGCAGGCCAUCAGCAAAUUCCGUGGCAAGGGACGUGCGGGUUCCGCUGCGAGAGGAGUCAGUCCGGCGGCGUCCGUUAAAGGGCGUCCCUAAAUCAGCACUGGAGAGUAAUAUCCCCAGCGCUCGCGUCCCGCCUUCGCUGACGGUUUCGGCACCUUCCCACCUAGGUUCGACCUGGCGCCCGAAGAUUUCUAAACGUUCCACUACAGAAAAAAAACGGACUGUACAGAUUUUUCGUUGAAAUGUAACUAAUUUUUUUUAUACAUAGCAGUUGAAAGUUACGAAUGCGUGAAACGAAAAACUGUAAAAAAAAAUUUUGUAAGCCAACAAAAAAAAUAUACACUUUAGUGAUCUAAUCUUUUUACGAAAGGCUAUUUUGUAACUUGUUGAUAUUUAUUUAUAUUAUUUAUUACCGUGGAGUAUGUAUCGAGAGUGCGAGGCCGCGAGAGACGCGCGUGAGCCGCGCGCGCGCAUGUUCGACCGAGACACGCCCCCCACCUCAGUACCGCCGCCGGCGCGCGCGCCUCUCUCGAACGCCUCAUUUUGACAUCUAAUAAAGCGAUAUCGUUGUCAUAAAAUACUA